GAAGAACAGUGUACUCUUAUUAUUCGUACAUUGUGUUGUCACAGGUAAGACAAAGAAAAGGAUUCGUGUCCUCAUUAUUGUACCAUUUGAGUAACUCCACCCAACAGAAGAACACGAGUAAAUAUGAUAGCACUGUUUUAAAUGGAGUGUGAAAGGCCACCUGGUUUCUGACAUGGCCAACCCUUUCAGGGGUCAGGUUAUCAAACUUUACAGAACUCUGCUGUAUCUUGGCCGUGACUACCCCCAGGGAUCAGCUUAUUUCAAAGAGCGCCUGAAGUCAGCUUUCAUGAAGAAUAAAGACGUGACAGACCCUGAUAAGAUCCAAAAGCUGGUAGCCCGUGGCAACAGUCUCAUCGAGGAACUGGAAGCUAUGUGUUUCCUCAGGAAAUAUCAAGUCAUGAAGAAGAAGUAUAGCGAACCAAAAAAAAUGUAAACACAGACAAAUUAUCCUUCAGGGUGGGAGGAGAGUACAGUCAAUGUGUUACUAUUUAAUGUAUCAUAUUUUGUAGCAGUGUUAUUUUCACAUACAUACCUCUAUUAAUGAGAUUCAGUACACAUUACUCUGCAGAAAUGACCCAACAAUUGCCCUUAUAUAAAAAUGAACUACAGUAUGCUUGUGUCACAAGGGAAAUAGACAAUCCAUCUGUAGGAAGUGCCAGAAAGUGAUAAUAAUGCAGCUGUAACAGAAUGUUCUCUAUGUUUUUAUACCCAAGUUGUACCUUUUUAAAGGCCUGUGUUUUAAAUCAACACUGUGUACAUGUAAAUAUCAUAGGUUUUCCUCUAAAACAGUUCUAAACUCAGGAAGCCUAGGUGUUAGACUAUCUGUAUCAUAUUUUACAAUGUAUUUUCAGUGUAUAUAUUUGUAAAUACAUUGUCAUACUUUAAGAAUGUGCAUGACUAUGUAUGAAUGUACUGUUAGAUAGAAAACAAACAGUGAUGCCUUGUGUAAUAAAUAAGUCACAGCAGUGUUCUUCCGCAGUUUAACUUCUUUUGCUGUCAUUGCUUUUAUGAGAUUGUACCCUAAAUAUAUUUGAUCUUUUGUAUCAAGAACUUGUGACAAAAUUUGUCAAACAUAUUGAUAUAUAAUAUUGUUAAAAAUCCCCCUGGAACUCUGACUACUUUGAGAAUUGCAUGAGGGGAAAAUGAAAUUUCAAAAGUGGUAGAAAUUUAUUUUUAGAAAAUUUAGAAAAUUAGAAAAUCUGUUCAGAUGCAAACCCCAAAUUUCCUGUAUGUUGUCAUUUUGACUUUUUUUAAAAACUGAUAAGUCUUAUUUAUGGCAAAUGACAAAACCGAACAGCAAUCAUGAAGUGUCUGAUAAUAAUCAAACUGAAUUACUGAGAGUGCCUGGAUUAUAUUUUACAGUUUCGAUGAGCCAAGGCAACAUUUGAAGUGUAAUAUUAAACCCUGGAUAGAAAUGAUGU